ACCCGGCCUAAAGAAGAGAACUUCCCAUUCGAGUCCACAACUGUUUGUCAUGGACCCGCCGCCGGUGCCAAGCCCAUUCCGCCGCCGCCGCCUCGGCGACGCCGGCGACGAGCCAUCGCCGGUGUCCAUCCUCCCCGACGACGUACUGGCCGAGAUCCUCCACAUCCUCCCGCCUGACCCCUCCUCCCUCCCCUGCCUCUCCCUGGUCUGCAAGCGCUGGCGCCGCCUCGUCUCCGACCCGGCCUUCCACCGCCGCUUCCACUCCCACGCCCGCCGCCGCCGAGCUCCCCUCCUCGGCUUCUUCCACAACUCCUUCAACGUCCCCUGCUUCGUCCCCACCGGGCGAGCCCCCGACCGCGUCCCCGCCGAGGCCUUCUCCCUCCGCCGCCACCCCGGCCGCUGGCUCUUCCUCGGCUGCCGCGGCGGGCGCGCGCUCCUCGCCUCGCCGUUCUCGGUGUGCCGCCUCCUCAUGGUCUGGGACCCACUCUCCGGCGAGCCUUGCUCCGCGGCGCCGCCUUGCUCUGCGACGCUGGCGAGUGCCACCGCCCCACCCCAUUCCGCGUGGUCUUCGCCUUCAUCGACCAGCGCCGCCGCCCCUGCGCCUGCGUCUACUCCUCGCUUUCCGGCGAAUGGGGCGAGGUGGUCUGUGGGAGGACGGUGAUCCCCCACGAUUUGGAUUUGGGAUUAGGGCUUAGACAUCUUGAUGAAUCCAUCUCGGGGGAAAAGAUUUCUGCCAUUGACAUGAAGCCUCCUGUUCUUGUUGGGAAUGUUCUCUACUGGCUGCUCGUGGAGAACUGCAUCCUUGAGUUCAACAUGGAUGCCAAGAGCUUGGCUGUGAAUGUGGUUUCUGGCCCAGAUCUUAUGUAUUUUCCGGCUCCGAAUUGGAGUCUGCAGAUUAUGCUGGCUGAGGGUGGUAGCAAGCUUGGCUUCGGCGCAGUGAAAUUUUUGUACCUCAAGCUGUGGGUGCGCAAGAGUGACUCGGAUAGCACUGCCAGUUGGGUGAUGAGGAAGAGAAUUAAACUGUGCAUGUUCAUUCCUCCUCCUCAUCCACCAUUGCGGCAAUUGGAGGCGCUUUUUGAUCGAUUGAUAGCGUGGUCUGGGCUACUUGGUUUUACUGAGGAUGGUAGUGUGGCAUUUCUACAGACGCCAAAUGGCGUCAUCAUGCUCCAGCUUGAUACUAUGGAGUUCAAGCUGGUGCUCCCUAUGGAGAGGUUGCAUUGGGUUUAUCCCCAUUCAAGCUUCUAUUUGACAGAUGGUUGCAUUAUUUGAGAAAGGCCAGCAAGAUGAUUGGACUUCAAUAUUGAAACAAAGAGAGUAUUUACAUCUUGCUGUGUAAUAUGCUGCCAUGACGACCAUUUUCUAGUAACAUUUCAGCCUCUUGCCAAUAAUAGUCCUGUCGGGAUUGGUAGACAUGUUAUAAGACUGACUCUGAGCAUGUAUAUGAAUGCUUUUGUUAAUCAGUUGUGUGCUCCUCAAAUGCAUGUAUGGUACUUCAACUGCUGGUUUAUAUGAUACUCCUAUCUGAUAGAUCAUCUGAGGCAUUUCAAUUGGGGGAGCAGAGAUUACUGAAUGUGUUUUCCACAAUCUUUUAUAUGGCGUGUAGCAGUGUGAGGUCUCUAUAUGCUGGCACCUGAUAUGUGCCACUUGCACAUGCUGCUGUAAACUUCAGGUGCUCCCCUGGGGAUUAUAAGCUUGAUGUACUUGAUAAUGUUCAUGGCAAUGUAUCAUGUUCUUUUUUACUUGAA